UUAGAACUCCAUGCGUCACGCUCGGCGUUCCAGUUUAACUCGCGCCUUCUCGGAGCGUGUUUCGCUUCUUCGCUGACAGCUUUUUUAAAAAAUCGCGGAUAAUGUGCAAUCAUAAAGCAUUAACUGAAUCAUCUUAAUCGAGAAAUUUCAUCUUGUUGUGAUCGUUGAAAAUCAGAUAUAUUAAAAAAUAAAUAAUAAAUAUUUCUCGUUUUUCUUUUUCUGUUUUUUUUUCUUUUCUUUUUUGAUUUUCCUUAUUUUUUUCUUUUUUUUUAUGAAAGUGAAUUAAGUUUGACAGUGUCAAGUAUUAGUAAAUUCCAAAAAAACAACGUACAUUUGUCAACAAUUUACAAUUAGUGAUUGUUUUGGACAAAUAAACGUAACGUAACGUGAUUAAGGGCACACUAUUCUGUUCUCGCAAAGGUGUAAUAAAAGAUAUUGAUCGUCGUUAAAGGUAGAUCUAGUAUUUCUUCAAGCUGGGCGACAGUAGGGGAAAACAUCGCAGGGUCAGAAUGGCCGACGAAAAUCAACGAGCAACUCAAGUUCCCAAGGAGAACAAAAUCUCAAAACAUGUUACCAUUUUUUUUAAAGUGAUCGAAAUUAUUUUAGCCAUCUUCGCGAUUGGUCUUUUAGUUGAUCCUUUAAAUUCGUUUCAACGAGUCUUUAACAAGUCACGAUUUAAAUUAGACGAUGCAGCAUUCAUUUAUGUAACAGUCGCUGGUUAUAUUAUGAUAAAUUCUCUUUUUAUCAUAUGUCAUUUGCUGGGCGAUCGAUUACCAAAAAGAACGAUGAUACUAUUUGCUUCAUUGGGUGCGAUUCUACAUAUAAUAGCGGGUAGCCUAAUCGUUCACAACUGGCGUACUAUUCAAAGGCCCCACUACCACAUGCAAAAUAACGAAUUAUAUCCGAGCAAACAAUACAUGGACAUGUUAAUAUCUUCUUCAGUUUUCGUCUUUAUAAAUGCUUUGACUUUCGUUGUGGAAAUUUGUUUGAUUCUAAAAUAUUCAACGAGAACAUGAGAAUCUACAAGAAUGGAUGAUCAGCUCGAACGAAAGUAUUAUUCUUGAGGCAUAAUAAAUCAAUAAUAUUUAUCAAUAAAUAAUAAAUAUUCAUCGAUAAUUUAAAAGAAAGAUUUUCUGAUCAAAUGGUUAUCUGAAAGGUAAGAAUUACCACCGAUUGUGUUCGUAAAAAAAAUAUUAUUGAUUUCACAGAUCCAUUUCUAUGUUCAGAUCCAUAUGUAAUUUCUAAUCGAUUGUGUCUUAUCAAUCAAUUAAAUUAACUUUAAUUUUUAUAAUAUUAUUACAUUUGUCGUCUGCACGCAAUGUUUGGGAAUAUAAAUGUAAUUUAGAGUUCUCAGAUUUUAAAUGAUUUUUCGAAAGAAAAACAUUAUGAAUAUUUACGUAUAUAUAAUGCUGAAGCCCAAAGUUUAUAUAAUAUAUCUUGUAAGAAAUCUUAAUGUUACGUAAUUAAUUAAUAUGCAUAGAUACGUAUACAAUUAUAAGCAAUGAAUCCGUCCAUAUAUAUUAAUGAUAACAAUGAUAAUUCAUAAAAUAGUGUAGUAUUUACAAAUGAAUAUUUUAUACGUAUUAUCAAAGAUUAUAUAAAACAUUUAUAUGUAGAACAUUAGAAAAGAAAUUGCUAUCGUUUAUAAUUCUUUAAUAUUCACUAUGUUAUUAUUAUAUAUCAAAUUGUUUAACAUAGCAGCACCUUGAUCACUUGUACAAUUAAAUAAUAGGCAAUUUAUAUUAAUAUACUUUCAGUUUUCACUGCGUUAAGUAAUUAUUAUCAAUAAUAUGUAUGAUAUAGUUGAAACAAUAAAAUUACAUAAAAAGAAAGUUAUAUAUCGAUUAUAUUCAGUUAUCUUAUGUACAGUACGUCAGUUUUAAAUGUAUACACGGGAUUAUUAAAAAUCGUAAUCAUUAAAAAUCUAAAAAAUAUUGCAGAUGAAUGUUAUCAAUGUCAACUUGUUCCUAUUGUCUCUUUGAAAUUAGCAUGAAAGCACACAAACUCCGAGUAACUUUUCUGCUGUGUAGAUCGAUUAACGUUAAUGAAGAGGCUACACCAAAUUUGAAGCUGGCACGUGUAAAAUACAUGUGUGGGUAUUGUUUUGAAAACAGUUAGAUAUUAGUUAUAAAAAUAUAUAAUGACGAAUAUAAGAUUCCAUUUAAAAAUUUAUAUGUAUAUUUUACAGGUUACCGAAAAAUUUAAUAAUUAUCACUAUGACGUGACACUACAUUUGUGUAAAAUAUUUUUUCUAUUUUUAAUACUUAGAAUAAUCGAACAUAUAUAUAUAUAUAUAUAUAUAUAUAUAAACCAGAUAUACUGUAUAUAUGCUGUUAUGAAAUAAUAUCGAUCAUGUGAUGAUCCUGAUUUUCUACUGUAUUCAAGUCGAUCUAAGAAAUUUUAAUCGGAUAUGUUCGAUUAUGGUUAAACACGUAAUUAAUUUUUAUAUAAGGGAAUAUAAGUUGUUUAGGAGAUGACACUUGAUAAAUUUGUGUGAAAUUAAUUCAUGAUACCAAAUACUUAUAACCCACAAUUUUAUCCUCAGGAACAGGAAAUAUCGUACGAUGAAGAAUACGAAUAUGUACCGACGAUAAAACCUAUACGAAUUGUACAAUUCGUGAGUAGUCAAACAACAACUAUUAAAAGUUUGUUCAACCAACUUAUAAGAUUUUCGUAUGAUUUAGUUAUUAUUGGCUUCCCUCAUUGGCCUAACUAUCUACACAUGUAUCAAUAAAUCUCCUUAUAAUGAAGUAGACAAAA